AUCAGGUGAUUGCGGAAGUAACUUCACUCUGUGGGUUCAGGGUUCCGCCUCUUAACUAGCUAGCUAAAUAAAUGGUUAUCCCUCUACCCAAAACAAACGACUUUCCUUUUUAUAAGACCCAUUUGGAAUAUAGCAGCAAUUCACCAUUGCACUCUGCAGUAGAUAUUUAAGGAAACAUGGCUGGACGUCUACCGGCUUGUGUAGUUGAUUGUGGCACAGGGUACACAAAGAUUGGAUAUGCUGGAAACACAGAGCCACAGUUUAUUGUUCCUUCAUGUAUUGCCAUCAAGGAGUCGGCCAAGGUUGGAGACCAAGCCCAGCGCAGGAUGAUGAAGGGGGUGGACGAUCUGGACUUUUACAUCGGUGACGAGGCAAUAGACAAACCAAAUUAUGCAACAAAGUGGCCCAUUCGUCAUGGGAUCGUGGAAGACUGGGAUCUCAUGGAGAGGUUCAUGGAACAGGUCAUCUUCAAGUAUCUGAGGGCAGAGCCCGAGGACCACUACUUCCUCUUGACAGAGCCUCCUCUGAAUACUCCUGAAAACAGAGAGUACACAGCAGAGAUUAUGUUUGAGUCCUUCAACGUUCCAGGUCUUUACAUCGCUGUACAGGCGGUCCUGGCGCUGGCAGCCUCAUGGACCUCCAGACAAGUGGGCGAGAGGACCCUGACGGGGACGGUGAUUGAUAGCGGUGAUGGGGUCACCCACGUCAUCCCAGUGGCGGAAGGCUACGUAAUCGGUAGCUGUAUAAAGCACAUCCCCAUCGCUGGUCGAGACAUCACCUACUUCACCCAGCAGCUGCUGAGAGAGCGGGAGGUGGGCAUCCCACCAGAGCAGUCAUUGGAAACAGCCAAAGCCGUCAAGGAAAGGUUCAGUUAUGUCUGCCCUGACCUGGUGAAAGAGUUCAACAAGUACGAUACGGACGGCUCUAAAUGGAUCAAGCAGUACACGGGAAUCAACUCCAUCAGCAAGAAGGAGUUCACCAUCGACGUGGGCUACGAGCGCUUCCUCGGCCCCGAGAUCUUCUUCCACCCAGAGUUUGCCAACCCUGACUUCACCCAGCCCAUCUCAGAGGUUGUUGAUGAGGUCAUUCAGAACUGCCCUAUUGACGUCAGACGUCCCCUCUAUAAGAACAUCGUGCUCUCUGGAGGCUCCACUAUGUUCAGAGAUUUUGGCCGUCGUCUGCAGAGGGACCUGAAAAGGACAGUGGACGGCAGACUGAAACUCAGUGAGGAACUGAGCGGUGGCAAGUUGAAGCCCAAACCCAUCGACGUGCAAGUCAUCACUCACCACAUGCAGAGAUACGCUGUUUGGUUCGGCGGGUCCAUGUUGGCAUCAACUCCGGAAUUUUACCAAGUGUGCCACACCAAAAAAGACUAUGAGGAGAUAGGACCGAGCAUCUGCCGCCAUAACCCUGUCUUCGGGGUCAUGUCUUAAAAAGGACUUCCCUCAGUUAUCACUGGAGCUUGCAGUUGGAGCAGAAUGGAGUGGACGGACAGAGGCAGAGUGGCAUUACUGCACUAUGGUCGCUGCUUAAUGUAGCCUAUUUCCAGGGCUGCGGUUACAGACAAAAUACAGGAAGAGAAUGACAUAGAAAUAGAAUGACUAGAUUCUAUUCCUAUGGAGAAUGACUCAUUUAUCAACAGCAGACCAAACUAUCAGGCUGACAAACGGGGGUGAAUAUCUAUGUAAAAGAGAAGGAAAUGGUGUCUUAAAGCCAAAAGCAUUUUCAGAGCAAAUGUGUGGACACAAAAUAAUGUGCAAGAACAUGAUAAUAAAGUCAACUCAUGUAUGAUUAA